ACCACUUUCUUGAAUGGUUGCCCACUUACCCUUUCCCUCUAAUGCUAGUGGUUGUCUCUCUUCCCCUUUGGUUCCCCACUAGUUUUCUCUCUCUCUAAUGCUAGUGGUUUCUCUCUCUAUUUCUCUCUUGCCUUGUGCUUAAACUUCUCGCAUGUUGUACACUUGUUAGCAGCUAAACACAGGUUUUUUUUUUUUUUUUUUUAGCAUGGAAAGAAAUGGAUAAAGAAACAAACCAAGAAAGCCCAUCUCUUCCCUCCAACAAUAAGGAAGACCCUUCAAGAAAACAACUUUCUGCUACUGGUGCUGGUGGUUUUGGUGGUGGUGCUGGUGGAGAUAGACUCAAACGAGAUGAAUGGAGCGAAGGAGCUGUUUCUAGUUUGCUUGAGGCUUAUGAGAGUAAGUGGAUACUUAGAAACCGAGCUAAGCUCAAAGGCCAUGACUGGGAAGAUGUUGCUCGCUUUGUUUCAUCUCGUGCAAAUUGUACCAAGUCACCCAAGACUCAAACGCAAUGCAAGAACAAGAUUGAAUCCAUGAAGAAGAGGUAUAGAUCAGAGUCCGCCACCGCAGAUGCUUCUUCUUGGCCUUUAUACCCUCGUCUUGAUCUUUUGUUACGUGGAAGUGCAGCUGCGGUAGCAGUAGCACCCCCACCCCCACCACCACCACCACAGCCACAACAACAACAACAACAACCACCGUCUUUUCAAGCAUCCAACCAUCCUCCUCCUUUGAUGUUGUUGGAGACAUCCCAUGUGUUGCCACAGCUACCUCUGCAGCCUCCGCCUCCGCCUCCUCCUCCUCCUCCUCCUUCUUCGGUUAUUGGGACUGCACAACACUCACAUGGGUCUAAUGGUGUUGAUAAGGGUGCCAAGGAAGAUGGUGUUGCUACAAAAUUAUCAGACCAUGUCUCAGAUAAGAAUGCCAUGGACACAGAUAGUAGCACUCCAGCUUUGUAUAGUGAUAAGGAGAAACUAAGGUCCAAAAAACUGAAGAUGAAAAUGGACAAAAAGAAGAGAAGAAGGGAAGAAUGGAAGAUAGCAGAUAGCAUCAGGUGGCUAGCAGAAGUAGUGGUAAGAUCAGAACAAGCAAGAAUGGAUACAAUGAGAGAAGUAGAAAAAAUGAGAAUUGAAGCUGAGGCCAAGAGAGCUGAAAUGGACCUAAAAAGAACUGAGAUCAUAGCGAAUACUCAAUUGGAGAUUGCCAAGCUCUUUGCAGGAGUUGGUAAAGGAGUUGAUUCCUCCUUAAGAAUUGGAAGAAGCUGACGAGGGUUGAGGUUUAUUAUAUUAGUGUAAUAAUUAAGCUAAUUAAUAUGAUAUUAUAAUAAUAAUAAUAAAAAUAAUAACAAUAAUAACUACUAUUAUGUAUAUAACUCAUUUCGAAGAGAACUUUAUUUUGAAAAAAAAAAAGAAAAGGGUAAGGGAGAUUUAUUUAAAGUUUGUGGUAUGUCGAGUAGUAGAAUAGUUGUGGUAGGUAAAAUAAUAUUUGAUCAAUCCCUACCUCAUUGUAAUGUUCUCUUUUAUUGAACAAAAUGCAUCCAGUGCUUUUAAGCCGAUACUGUUAAAUGAUUAAUACAAUUUAUUUUUUAA